AUGGUUUUCAGGGCGUAUUUUUCACCCUCCCCCCUCUCUCUCUUUUCCGAUUUUCUUCUAUUUCUUUUUUCUUUUUAUCGGUAUCGUCCUCCUGCAUCAACUCUUUAUUCUUCUAUUCUCUCCCUCAUAAUUGUAUCUCUCAUAUUUUUCCCUCUCCUUCAUUUAAAUCAGUUACUCUCUAAUUCUGCACUUGUCAUCAUCUAUUUAUCUUUUUUUAUAGCUUUUAACUAUCUUUAUUCCUCGCUUCACUUAUGCCCACUCAUAUUUGUUUCCCAAUUCCCUCAUCCUUCCAUCGCAAACAUAACAGCCAUGAUGAUUACGUCAGAAGAUAAAUCAUUGACCUUUUUUAUCUAUCUAUCUAUCUAUCUAUCUGGUGGAAGUCGACUCUUGACCAAAGUGAGUCCACUGUCUAUAUCUAUUCAUUUACACGGAUAUCUGAUGGCUGUCUUCUCGUUAGACCAGCAUGACCACCGCUGA